CGUCGUUGACUGUGAGCUAAAGCACGGACCGUGUGGUAUGGCCCGUUGUGCGACUGGAACGUGUGCGGUCGCCGUCAGUGCGAUUUCAAAUGUCGUUGCGUCGGGUGGUUGUUAGAAGAAGCACAGCGAAGAAGAGCAUUCACUGACAGUUGUGUAGGAGUGUAGGCAACCCGCGGACUCAAUAGGGAAAUCAACACUAAACAUCAACAGUGCUGCAAAAAACGCUGAACCGAAUGGGUCGUUGUAAAUUGGCCGUUGUGUCUGUGUGUCAGCUAUAAAUGAUUAUUAUAAAUAAUUACAAGUUUUGCGAGUCGGAAAAGAGCUAAAGCCGGGUUUUCAUGUCGAGAAAUAGAACUCGCGAAGGCUUUGUGGAAAUAAGACGUGUGCAGUGAGCGAGAAGAGCCACGCAAAGCGGGGGAAAACAUCAAGCAAUAAAAUUACUAUUGUUCGGAUGGAUUUAUUAUUUUUAUUGUUUGCGUAAUAAAAGUAAAUACAUCGAGUGUCGAGGGGCGCAAAGUACGGCGCGGGUAAGCUCCCAACAAGAAGCAUAUAUUUGAGAGCGCUUAGCCCGAAUCGAGGGAAGAACUUCAAGGCGAAGUAUAAAUAUUUUCACGUCUUUUUUUCGAGGGAACCCUGAGAAGAGCCCACGGAAGAUUAAGCAGCACUAGAGAAAGAAGAAGAAGUAACGAAGCGCUGAAACCUUUUAGUGGAAGUAAUGAAAAUUUUGGUAAUUAUAAUUACCAAAAAUGAGAAAGAGCAAUUAAACUGUGUUAGGAAAUAUGAAAAUAAAAUGUGAGUGAGUGAGCUGUGUACCUCGGAAGAAACACAACGUGAGCUUAGACGAAGAAACAGAGAUCGCAAGAAGGCGCAAACGGGAGGAAAGAAUCAUUAAAAUACGAUUAAGUGACCAAAAAACUUGGGAAGUGCGCACUUUUUGGCGUUUUCGAAUAAAAGAAACAAACAUGAGGCUAUACCGAGCUAAGCAUUACCAUUUGCUUGAGUGUAGGUAAAUAGCACCGCACCGGAAGGCUGUCGUCUACAGCGAGACCGAAUUAAGUGUUCGCCAAGUGACUAGACACGUAGUCACGUUCAGCUCGCAAACCCCUGUGUGUGACAAUUUUGUGUGUUAUUUCCAUCACUUUGAUAUUUCGGUAAAAAAGGCUACGCCAAAGUAUUUGCUCCAAGACACAUGGUGCGGGAAGAAUCAUUAGUCGUUAAAGGGUGAGUUUAGAGGAGCAGGUUGGGAGAUGUGCUAAGGCCGACAAAGAGCAACGUGCAAACCCACCUGAUAAAACCCGAGUGAACGCUACAUAGGAAACAGGAAAUAGGCAGCAUACUGGAGCAUGUGUUAGUGUGAUCCUGAUUAGCGGACGACAAAGUGUGUGAUAUCAGCAGUUAGAGUGUACAACGUCAACCAGUACGAGAUGAACCUGUUUAGGAAUUUGUGAAGAUAGUACGUGUUUGAAUACCACAAUAAAAACUUUUUUCCGAACUUGAAGUAUUGUGUGAGUCAUGCCAUCGGACACCCCACCUCCGAUGCAUUCAUCCCCCAUCAUGGACACUUCCGAUCGCCGUCCGGCAUCGGUGCCGUCCAGCAGCACCACCGGUCUAUCUGGACUCUCUGGCUUCAAACGGGAAAAGUUUGAACCAUCACUCAAACCCACAUUGACUCCAAAUCAGCAGUUCUGCUUACGUUGGAACAACUACCAAACCAACUUGACCAGCGUAUUUGAUCAGCUGUUGCAGAACGAGUCCUUCGUGGACGUUACCCUAGCAUGCGAUGGCAAGUCUAUCAAGGCGCACAAAAUGGUACUCUCCGCGUGCAGCCCCUACUUCCAGACCUUGUUCUUCGAAAACCCUUGUCAGCAUCCGAUCAUCAUCAUGCGGGAUGUGAAGUGGCCUGAGCUCAAAGCCAUUGUCGACUUCAUGUACAAGGGUGAGAUCAACGUCAGCCAAGACCAGAUAGGCCCGCUGCUCAAAAUAGCAGAAAUGCUGAAAAUUCGAGGCCUCGCAGACGUAAACGGUGAUCAGGAACUGAACCAAGUUGAACACGGAGAGCCGUCGGUAAACAUUGCUGACGAAACGGGCUCAAAUAACGAUAGCAACAACAGCAGCACCAGUAGUCUACUCCACAGAGGAAUCAUCAAAAAAGAGGGGCGGCUCAUUUCGAUGGACCCCACCCACAAUAACAACAAUAACCCCCCACACAUGCAAUCAAAGAAACCGCGAACCUCUCGGGAGAGGGAAUCCUCGCAAAUAUCGAUCCGUGACUUCCCACGUGAUCUUUCGCGGGACAUGUCCCGCGAGUUGAAUGCUGCUGCUGCAGCAGCUGCGGCCGCUGCCGCCGGAGAAUGGCCACUUAGCGCCGCCCUAGAUACCGUUCAGGCUUCCACCCCGAAGAACAACCGCAAGCGGCGAUGGCCCUCGGGUGAACGAAGCAGCGUGGGUAGCCCCGCGGACAGUACACCCGAUCAGCAUGAGGUUCCGUCACCGAUUCCACCGACUCCGUCCUCGAUAGUGCAGCCGGCUUCGACGCCGACACCGCAGAUGCCGCAGUUCCCGAUCCCACCGGCACUCAGCGAACAGAUGGCAGGUCUAUCGUCGCUUUCUGGGCUGGCCGGAGCGGGGAGCAGUACCGGCGCGGGCAACCAUCCCGAUGAUAUGGAGAUCAAACCGGGCAUCGCCGAGAUGAUCCGCGAAGAAGAAAGGGCGAAAAUGCUGGAGAACUCGCAGGCUUGGCUAGGUGCGUCCACAUCAUCAAUAGCUGGCACGACACUAUUGAAGGAAGCUGCCUGUACGCCACCCACCACCUAUGCAAACCGAUUUUCUGACGAUGGAAGUGCUUUUGCUGCCAAACAAGCUGAAAGUUACCAAUACCAGCUGCAGUCCAUGUGGCAAAAGUGCUGGAACAGCCAAAACCUAAUCCACCAUCUGCGCUUCCGGGAACGUGGCCCGCUGAAAUCGUGGCGCCCGGAAACCAUGGCAGAAGCCAUCUUCAGCGUCCUGAAAGAGGGUCUCUCGCUGUCCCAAGCAGCUCGCAAGUACGACAUUCCCUACCCAACGUUCGUCCUGUACGCAAACCGUGUCCACAACAUGCUCGGCCCGUCCAUCGACGGUGGCACCGAUCUGCGGCCCAAGGGUCGUGGACGGCCCCAGCGAAUCCUGCUCGGCAUCUGGCCGGACGAACACAUCAAGGGCGUAAUCAAGAGUGUGGUCUUUCGCGAUGCCAAAGAUAUGAAGGAAGAGCAGAUCAUGUACGGCAGACAUUCGCCAUUUACGUUCCAAGCCGACAAUCCUUUAAACUACGCACCGAACGCCAACGGACAAAUGCCGACCGCUGGUGCUGAAGGAUUGACACCCGAUGCUCUAACGGCCGCUACAGUGGCCGCCGUCCGACAACAGAUGUGCAACAUGGUGGCAGCCGCCCAACACCACCCGGAAGCGGCAGCCAAUCUGGUGGGGUUCAACCUGCCCCAGCACCACACUAAUCUCAGCAUCCACCCUUCGGGAAACGCCGGUGGUUCUAGCGGUGGAAUUCCCGUCCCUAAGGUUGGUUCACCGGCCGUCACCCACCAAACUCACAGUAAUAACGGCGGUUCCGGAGGAAUCCAAAUGCCACGGCUAGGCUCACCGGCCGGAUCCAGUAUACACUCCGGCAAAGAACACGACCUCCACGGCCCACCUGGACUCAACCAGAGCUCCCAUCCGAGCACUUCCUCCAUUGGCGGCAAUGCCAACAGCAACGCCACCGCCAUCAGUAACCGUUCCGAGUCAUCACGCAGCAGCAGUGGCAGUAAUCAUUCGUCCAACGCCAACCACCAUCAUCCGUUGGCCCAUAUGAACAGCGGAAGUCUCAGCAUAACCCGCCUCGGUUCACCAGCUUCAGCGCAUGACCUCCGCAUGACGACCCCACCGACGGAGGAAAGCCCACUGGCAUCGCCCAUGGGCCUGGCCUUGGAACCAGCUGUCAACCUGGCUAUUGGAGGUGGCAACGCCAAUAGCGGUGGCCAAACUUCCGAACAUCUAGGAUUGCAACAAUACGGUGGCGGUAGCAAAUCUUCAUCUCGCGCCGGGUACUCUUCCUCGUCAUCGCCUCCACGGCCGGAGCAUCUCUUCCAGGACCAGGACAUUGCCGAACUGGUGGCCAAUACUAGGGCGGCAGCUGGCGCAAACAAAGACCUCGGUAGACCCGUGGCUUCGGCCAUCAAGGUCGAACCAAUGACCGAGUGUCGGGGCGAUUAAGUGUAUGGGUUCAGACGGGUGAGUUAAGCGGGAUUCUGUUAGUUUCUCAGUUGAGGAAUUUUUAGUCUAAUUUCUGUAAAUCUUUUAGGUUUAGUUCAUUUAUUUUGUUUUUAUUCUUUACGACUCCACACAGCUUCGGUUGUUUCCUUCAAGCAUUCUAAUUCAGUUGGGUAGGAGAGAUGAUUUCACACAUGUUAUUUUUUUUGCAAUAUGUGAUAUAUUUAACUUUACAGUGUAGGAAGGGGAACCUUCGUUUCUAUAAGAGGCAAGCGAUAAAGGUUAAAAGAUUGAGUGGAAGGGUUACUAUUUAUUAUUUCUAAGUUUGGGAGGGAACUAAGAAGAAAAAUGAAGAAAAACAUUUAAUAAAUUUUCCAACCGUACUAAAAUAAUUCCGUGAAGAAUUAGAAACUAACUAAGGUGUGCGGGAAUGACACGAUACUAAAAACUAUAAAACGUGCAAUAUACGGAAUUUCACAGCCAAGACGCAAAAGUGAAAUUGGAAAAAUGUGCUGCGAGGGUAAGAGAUUUGAAAUGAAGGGGCGGAGUGAAAAGUUCUCUGAAAAAUAACGGAAAUCGAGUGCCAAAAUUGAUUUGAGUGGAUGUCCGAAAAUUACCAUUUUUGGCGUUCUUAAAUUUGCGAACGAAUUCUAAUAAUGCGCUCUCGCCUAGGCAUUGCAUAUACGUACAAUAAAAGCGUUGGAUAGGUGUCUAAUUUUUCCAAACGAACUGCGCUAUGCGACAGAGGACCACGUGAUUGAGUUGAAAUCGAAUUCAGAUUGUCUUCUGCGCCGUUGCGAAAUUUGUAACGCGCCUGUCCAGCAAAUUGUGAGUCGUGAGUUCGAUUCUCUCCGAAAAUAUGUGUAGCUUUUUCACAAAUUUCACUUCAAUUUGUCCAUUAAAUCCGAUUGCAAAGUGUAUGUAAUGUCUAAAUUUUUCAAUCGUUUUUUUUUUUUUUUUUUGAAACGUUUCUGUAUUGUUCUCAGCUGUAACAUUAAACUAGUUUGCUUCAAAUAAGAGCAUUCAUUUUUUGUUCAGAAGAAACGAAUGACUAUAGCUUAUUUACCAAAAACAUAAGAUUCUUUAUGAAAAAAAAUAUCCAUUCACUCUUUAGCAACUUUUGAGAUGAUGUUUUUCAAGAUAGUAUUUUGAAAACUCAACAAUAAAACGAUUUCCAUUAUGAUUCAGAUGACAACUUGUAAUGAAGUGUUGAAAAAACACUUUCCAAGAACAAACGAAACAAGCACAUGCGGGAAAGCACCCAAGGACUCAAGAAAACACUAAUGUACAAAGGAAAACAUUUUACGAUUAGUCGCUAUAGAGCGGUAAGUUACUGUGCAGCAGCUAAGCUUGCAAAGCAAAUGAAGAAGCGACAAGCGAUGACUCUACUAGAGGUGAAACCAAGAAAAAAAACGUACAUAUAUUUAAUGAAAUUGCCUUCUUGUCAUGUGGAAACACAACCUCCAUAAGUAAAAUUUAUAUAGUCGAAAACAAAGCAAAAAAUAAAUCAACAUUUUUAGGCAAAAAAUCUAAACAAAAUUUUAAACCGUUAUCGAAAAAUACAACGUUUGGCCUAGAGUGUAUUUUUCUGAGAGACUAAGCGAAUCGCAUCUUUUAUUUUAGCAAAUGUUGACGACUAUUUUGAUUGUUCAGUUUGACUAUUAUUUUUGUUGUGAGAUUAUCGGUUAAUGUCCCUGAAAAGAACUGUGACAGAGAGGUGCAUCGUCCAUCAAAAGCUCAACCGCAAAACAAAAAAAAAACGAAACAUUUCGGCACUAAAGCAAACAUACGUUAGACGAACAAAAAAGGGUAAAAGGGCUACGAGACACUUAUAUUUUUCUAAUUCCGGUAAAUUUAACAAAACGUUUCGGACAUAACACAACUUUCGGCGAGAGUGAAACAAGUUCAGUUGAAAUUUGAUGAGUUUAGGCAAAAGAAACCUUUUAGACUAGCAAAACCAAAAAGAAAAAAAUGAAAAUCAUUGUAACGUUUCGGCCAAUGUGUUCAAAAAAUGAGAAGCAAAAUUUAAAGGAUACAAAAAGAGAGUAAAGAAAAUAUAUUUAAAUUAAAUUAAAAGAAAACAAAAAUUUAGAGAAAAAGUGCCUUCCACCCCUUUUUAUGAGAAGAAAUUUAAUAUAUAAAUUACUUUAAAAAACGAUGAAGAGAACAGAGCAUACCGAUAGUGAAAACAAAUUUAAAGAACUAAAAGGAGACAUGCAAAAACUGUUUUGAAAACUUUGGAAAAAAUAUUCAAAAUUUUGAAAUCUAUAACUUUUUUGUAAAAUUGUUGAAGUUUUAUUUUUCUCUUUUAAUUUCAAUCGGGCAAGUGAUGGUAAUAAAGAAACCUAAUAGGGAACAAAGCCACACGGUACUUGUCUCUUGAAUUUUGUUUACUAUGUUUUUAUUAAAAUGAAAAGCUAUUUUCAUGAUGAGAGGUUGUGUCAUUUAAAAAAAACGAUUUAUUUCUAUGUGUGCACUGUGUAAUCAAAUGACAGGAAAGAGUUGCUAUCGAUUAAAAGCACAGAAAUGCUUUCACAACACAAAACCAUCCACAAAUCGAUGCGGAACAAAAAUCUUAAAUGCACCUGCAAGUCCACUUUAAACAAACAAUACAAUGAAAUAACCCAGCGCAAGACAAAUACAGCAGCAAGCUUAAUACAUUCUCUCAACUCACUUUCAUCAUCAAACAACUGAAUUAAACAGAUGUAUCAGUAAACAAAAUACAAACAUUGAUGUACUAUAGUAUAACAUACAAAACAAACUGACAAAACUACAAAUGGAAAUAAGCACCGAAUCCGAAAUAAACUCUUUGUAGUGACCGCAAACCAGAGCAGCGCCAAGAUUCAUGGUAUUAUACAUUCUUCAGGAAACAUUAUUUAAUACUACUAAUUGGAAACGAACGAUAAAUAUUAAAAAAAAAAGUUAUUCAACUGAGACUACGAUUGUGUAAGAUAUAAAUUAUGCAAUGAAAAGUGAGUAAAACCGUAACAAAGCAGAACGCAAAUGUACGUUUUAAGCAAGGAAAACAGAUUUUUGAUUGUAAAACGGAAUCUUCUCUGAGUCGAAACCGAGUUUAAGUCCACCUGUUUUCGGUACACGAUUCCUGUUGAUUAUUUAUUCAAUGAUCUCAAUCCCUUUCAGUUAGCUCAAAAUCGACUCAUAAUAAAAUAGUUACCUCGGUUAUAUCACCCUUGCAAACACAGUUGAACUUUCUUAGCAAACCAACCAUUGACGUAGACCGAGAAUUGAAAUCCAAAACGAAGAAAACCAGAAAUGGGAAAGUCUAACUAGCUAAACUCUUAUGUGUAUGUGUAAAAUGGAAUAAAGGUACUUAAAAGAAGAAAUAAAAUAACACUCGAAAUAGUAAAACAUGUAAACAUUCGUUUGCAAUUGGAACGUAAUGAAAACCAGUAAAAUAGCUCAUGCAAACAAAUCAAUCGCAAGCAUGCAUUUACCAAUAAUGUCUUGUUUAGCAGCUGACAGAUCUGUCAACGUUGCUUUCGGAUUUUCAGUUCGUACAAGAAUAAAGAGCAUUCCAAAAGGCAAACAGAAUCAAAGAAACCAUUGUUUGGUUACGGAAAAUGCGCGCAUAAAUUCAAUGCACAACAAACCUUUUCAACACAAAUAUGUUUCAUAUAGGCUAUGUAUUAUUUGUCAAACUAUUCCUGUACAGAUGCUAAGCAUAAAACAGAAUUUAAACUAAAAUAAAUCAACCGAGAUGCAAUAGGUUUUUGUUAUGAAAGAAAAAAAGUUCACUCUGUACAUUAUUUUUAAAUUAAUCAAACUUACCGAAACCAUGUAAUUUAUUAAAGUUUAACAUAACCAGUACUUUUAAGUAAGCUAAAUAGAAAAACCUAAUUAGAAGAAACAAUAGACAAAAACUCUGUGAAACUUUCCACGCUCAGCUCUACUGUUUUUAAUUUAUUACAUCAUGUAUUCUACAAAUGUUUUAGCAUAUGUCAAUCGCAUAAAAUAGCGCAUAGUUAAAGAUGAGUUUAUUUUCCUGGUUUUUUAGUUUUUAGGAACUGCCUAUCUAGCUCAUUUAUUAGUUGAAGACAGCGCAGCAUUAUCUUCAUUAUGAGAGAAAACCACAGAUUAUUGGAUUCUUUCGUUUGCCGAAAGAAUCAAAACAUUAGUGAA